AUGACGAUAUCCAAAGAAGCCUUACUCAAAGACUACGAGUUUGACCCAAGUCUCAUUGAGCGCAUAGCCUUUCGCAAAGUCAAACAUCCCAUCGCCAUCGUCGAGCCAGAUCCAUCCUGGCCCCAACACUUUGCCCUUGCCAAGGCUCGCAUUGAAACCGCCCUUGGCGACACCGUUGUCUCCGUCGACCACGUCGGCUCAACCAGCGUCCCCGGUCUUCAAGCAAAAGCAGUCAUCGACAUUGACCUCACAGUUCGAGAUGUCAACGAUGAGGCAUCGUACGUGCAGGCGCUCGAGAAUGCAGGAUUUCACUUCCUAGUGAGAGAGCCCAAGUGGCACGGACAUCGUUUCUUUUGUGACUAUGGAGAUGUGCCAACGAAUUUGCAUGUCUGGGGCCCAGAUUGUCCUGAGGCGGCGAGACAUAAGAUCUUUGCAGAUUGGUUAAGAAACAAUGAGGAUGAUCGAAAGUUGUAUGAGAAUAUCAAGCGGGAGUCGUCUAAGGCGAGCAUUGCCAGUGGUGAGGACGUUAUGGAGUAUAACAAAAGGAAGCAGAAUGUCAUUCGGGAGAUUUUACAAAGAGCUUUUAAAGCUUUAGGUUAUCUAUAA